AACGCAAUAACGUCGUAAUAAGUACAGUAUUUUGGAUUUAAACGCGCGCGUUUGAAUAUCAGCAUGACAUAAUAAGCCACUGUUAGCUCACUGGCUAAUGCUAACACGGGCAAGUGUUUGGGCGCCUUCCCCAACAAAGAGGAAGGAGGAUGACAAGAGUAAACAGCGCGGUAAGGAGAAGUCAGGAGCAACGAAAGAAGGAGCUGACAAAGGCCGGGGCAGAGACAAAAACCGCACCCGACGCAAUGCCUCCAGUGGGAGCAGCAGGUCCAGCUCCAGCUCCAGCAGCAGCUCUGGUUCCAGCUCCGGCUCCUCCAGUGGCUCCAGCUCCUCUGCCUCCAGCCACUCUGGCUCAUCCAGCUCCCGCUCCUCUUCCUCCUCCUCCUCCUCCUCGUCACCGAGCCCCAGCCGCCAGCGCCACAACAACAGACGACGCUCGCGCUCAAAGUCAAAAUCAGCAAAGAAGGAUGACCGGGACCGACGACGUAGGAGCCCCACACCCAAACCCACCAAGGUCUACCUGGGCCGACUGACCAGAAAUGUUAUCAAGGAACACAUCCAGGAGAUCUUCUCCACCUAUGGCAAGAUCAAGAUGAUUGACAUGCCCAUGAACCGUGUCCACCCUCACCUGUCCAAAGGCUACGCCUACGUGGAGUUUGAGACACCUGAGGAGGCAGAGAAGGCCCUGAAACACAUGGACGGAGGUCAGAUCGACGGUCAGGAGAUCACAGUCACAGCUGUGCUGACUCCCACAGUGCGCCCUCCCCCCCGCCGGCUGUCCCCUCCCCGCAGGAUGCCUCCUCCACCACCGAUGUGGCGACGCACUCCCCCUCGAAUGAGGAGAAGGUCUCGCUCUCCACGGCGACGCUCUCCAGUACGUCGCAGGUCUCGAUCGCCCGGCCGCCGCCGUCAUCGGUCGCGCUCUAGUUCCAACUCCUCCCGCUAGUGAUAAGGAAGCCCCUCCUCCUCCUCCUCCUCCUCCUCCCCUGUGGGUCUGCUCCUCUGCCGUGUCCUUUUGAUCCUCAGUGUGAGCAAACAAACGUGAAAGAAACACACAUUUUUGUGGUCAGUACUUGCGUGAUGAGAACACGGGACACCAAAAUCAUUACUGUAUCCCUGAGUAAAUUAUUAUGUUUUAUGCUAACAUUAAAGCAUGCACGAUAUUAAAUGAUUAGACAAGAGCAUUAUGAUAAAACUGAGCCAAUGAGCCAAAGCAGCUCUAAAGCUAAAUGAUAAGUUAAAAUACUAAAUACUGUGUGACUGUCAGUUUUGUGGUGGAAAGUGAUUUAAAAUCAUUAACUGACUCUUUAUAACCAGCUAGAACUGUUGUAUUUGUUGUAAUAGAAAGUAAAAGUGAUGGCUUGUGGGAGACAUUACUGUGUAGUGGACGAAUAGUUUCACAACCUUUCCUACCGUACUGCACAAUGCAGUUGUGAAGCUUCUUACACCCACUUUCGAUAAGGAGUGGAGGUUAUUUCUUGAUUGAUAAUGAGCCUAUGACUUUUGAAAACUGGAAACCUAAAACCGAAUUAAUUGGCCUAUCUUUCUUACAAGCUUAGUUGAGUUUUUUGAAAUAAACAAAACACAAAAAACAACACAGAAAAUUUAACAAAUUGAAUGUGAAUGUUGCAAAUAUGAGGGAGUUGGUUCAUCAAGAAAGACAGCUGUUGGCGCUAACUCUCCAAUCAGGUUCCCUUAAGGAGAAGAGGGGGAAAGAAGCUGACGCAGUUAAAAGAGCGGCUGUUAAAUCUCAAACAGGAACACAGUGUAGAAAACAUAAUGGAAAAUAUAUUUUUUAUGUUUGUUUGGUGUAUUAGCUUGUUUAGUUUAUAGACUCUUAUUAGGCCAGACGAUCUGAUGUUUUCAUCUGCCAAUAUUUUGGUGGAUGUUUUAAGUCUCAUUCUAAUUCUGCAUUGUGUACAUUGCACUUUUGUCAAGUUUUGUUUUUAUCAGUAAACCUCAGCCAAAUGUAAACGCAUAUACAUACUUUGACUGCUCAAAAUCUGUGUUACUUGUGUUUUAUUAUGUGUAAAUUUGAAAAUGUGCAUAAAAACAGGUAAAUGGAAACACGCUUGAAUGUGUCACCUGCCAUCAUACAUUGAUGUCGUGUUAGCACGGACAAAUCAUCUGCAGGGAUCACACAAUUAAUUCUCGUCGUGUCCGUCUUCUCAUCACAGCACCAGUAUGUUGACUGACUUUAAAAUAAUCCUACAGUAGAAUAUGGCAAUCAAUGUUCUCUGAAAUCCUGUUUUAGUGCUCUCCAGUGUAAUGAGUGAUUAUUAAUGAGUUAAAGAUUUUAAAUGGUCAUACAGGUCAUAAUUUAGGUUUUAAUCUGUACUGUGUUUCUAAACCAAUCUUUCUGUAACCUUCCUCUGAAUUUGUGACUGAUGCUCUGUAAUCACUUCUUACAGUAAACCACAAUUAUAAAGGCAGCUAUAGGGGUGUUUCACAAUAACUUAAAUGCCAGUUAACAGUAUGUGUCUGCUUCAGUAGAAGUCUGAAAAUGACGGUCAGAAGGUUAUUGUAUGAAUUAUUGCUGCAUCAGGACUUUCAGUUUGUUUGUGUCACACUCAUCUUCUGAUCCAGACAUUGGUGGUUUUAGUUUAAGAAGGGAACAGACUAAUUCAAAUUAAAUUUGUCCCUGAAAUCUUAUGUUGUAUAGCUGGUUGUGUGUGGUUCUACUGAUGGCUUGACAAUAAAGUUCAUGGUUUGAACUGUAAAACGCA